AAAUCCUUCAGGAAAAGCCGGAUGAACCGGAAGCGGAAAAGGCGCGUGCUGUCAAGAAGGACGGAAGGAAAGUUGCGGGGCUGAAAUCAAGGGAGCAGACAGAAAGAUGCUGGCUAAUAUCUCCAAUGUCCUCCGAGCCUGCGCUCAGAGAAACAGCUCUGCAGCGUUCUUGUCAGCACGCACUUAUGCUGACUUCACAGCUCAGGCUACGUUUGAAAUAAAGAAAUGUGACACCUUCAAGCUGGAGGACGCUCCAGCCACAGAGGUGGUCAUGACUCGCGAUGAGGGUCUUCAGUACUAUAGGACCAUGCAGACGAUGAGGAGGAUGGAGCUGAAGGCUGAUCAGCUGUACAAGCAGAAGAUCAUCCGUGGCUUCUGCCAUUUGUAUGACGGCCAAGAAGCAUGCGCUGUUGGAAUAGAGGCAGCAAUCAAUCUGUCCGAUCACUUGAUCACUGCAUACCGUGCGCACGGUUACACAUACACGAGAGGAGGCACCGUGAAAGAAAUCAUGGCUGAACUCACUGGGAGAAGAGGAGGAAUUGCGAAGGGCAAAGGAGGGUCCAUGCACAUGUACUGUAAACACUUCUACGGUGGGAAUGGAAUUGUUGGUGCACAGGUUCCUCUGGGAGCUGGCGUGGCCUUGGCUUGCAAGUAUUUCGGCAACAAUGAGCUUUGCGUCUGUCUCUAUGGUGAUGGGGCUGCCAAUCAGGGUCAAAUCUUUGAAACCUACAACAUGGCAGCGCUUUGGAAGCUUCCUGUCAUCUUCAUCUGUGAGAACAACAGGUACGGCAUGGGAACCUCAGUGGAGCGAGCUGCAGCGAGCACUGACUACUUCAAAAGAGGAGAGUUCAUUCCCGGCCUCAGGGUGGACGGGAUGGACAUUCUUUGUGUCCGGGAAGCAACUCGCUUCGCUGCCGACAUGUGCCGAAAUGGAAAGGGUCCAGUUCUUAUGGAGCUCCAGACUUACCGCUACCACGGCCAUAGUAUGAGUGACCCCGGCGUCAGCUACCGCACGCGUGAGGAGAUCCAGGAGGUCCGCAGCAAGAGCGAUCCCAUCUCACUGCUGAAGGAUCGCAUGCUCAGCAACAACAUGGCCAGCGUGGAGGAGCUGAAGGAAAUUGAUGUAGAAGUGAGGAAGGAGAUCGAAGACGCCGCUCAGUUCGCCACGACAGACCCCGAGCCUCCUCUUGAAGACUUGUGCAACCACAUCUUCGCCAAUGACCAGCCGGUGGAGGUGCGGGGCACCAACCCCUGGUCCAAGCUUAAGUCUGUCAGCUAAAAGGUUUUCAUCCGCCUAGUAUUUAUUAAAAUCCACCUCCCGUGUCCAAACACGUGACCAUAUCCGCCCCAAAGUUCAAAGCAAGAUAUGCGUUUUAUUUCUAUCAGGAAACUUGGCCAUACCUUUCAUUUGUUUCGUUCUCAUCCUGGGACAAGUAGUCCGGACAAAUCGUAGACAUGUUCUCUGACCAUGGUGUAGAACUGCAUUUGUACUUCUCACUUUAACUGCCAAGCAACUUCAAGGAUUUGAAAUUUUCCUUUUAUUUUAUCCCUUGUUCAGUUGAGACAAACACAAAAAUGUAUUCACUCAUAUCCGUGUGUAUGUUCUCAUCGUUUUCUCUCAGUACUGUACAGAAAAAGAUGGCUUCAAAAGAAAGGCUUGAAAAUGUUUUAUUAUCUUGCCAAACCCACCACGUGCCUGGUAGUCCUGUUUCUCUUGUGUCUCACACUCCAGACGGCAAUACUCAAUCCGACGGGUCGGUGUAAUUCAAAUGGAAAAUCGUUGUGAUAAAUGCUUUGUGGAACUUGAAAGGUGUUUUGUGGUGGUCAAAGAUGGCAGGUGGAAGCAGACUGGUCCCAUGAAAAACCCAGCUGACCAUGGCAAAGCAACUUCUGACUCAUUAUUGCGGCAGAAACUGUUACAAUGAGGGUUGACAUGUUGGAUUAAGUGAACUCUGUAAUUAAAGUCUUCUAAGCCUG